AUGAGCAUCGAUGCCUACGACACCCUGGGCGUCGGCUUGGACGCGACCGAGGGCGGUUGCCGGCUCCCGACGUCCCCGAACGGCGACCAGGACGAGCUUUGUUUCGACCACGAUGAGAUGGAGCCCCCACCGCCAGUCGGCCCGCCCUCGCCAGCCAAUCUGCCCAGCCGGGGGCCCCCGGACUGCAUUACCCUCCUGGGCUCGUGGCACCUGGGGGCCUUUGCCAGACGCUGUGUCAAGGCGGACGACUCGGCGGAGUUGCGUGACCUGGCAGAUCUCAGCCCCAGCGGCUGCCAGCGACUUGGGUGGGCCGCGUGCAAGUUGCGCGGGGCCGCGGGUCGCGUGCUGGGGGUCAAGCUUCCCACGCUUGCAGCUACCACGUUCCGCGCCCGGAUCGGCGAUGUGCUCGCAUCGGCUGCCACCGCCCGUGGCCGGGGCGGGUUCGCUGGGAGCUCCCCCGCGUGCGGCUGGAUCGUGCAGGCCCCGGAGGAGGCCAGCCCCGUCGCCAUUCCGAGCGCCGCCAGCGAAGCGAUGGGCGCGGGUUCCCCCCUCCUGGUCGUUCCUUCGCGGGCGAACGCCAUGUGCGAGGGGAUGGCGAACGACGGCCGCGGCUUGGGCAGCGCCGCCAGCGACCUGCUGCAGAUGAAGCGCCGUUUGGGGACGCUGGGCCGUCCGUUUGCUCCCUUCGUCCCAGGGAUCAACGCCGCUCGGGCGGAGGACCUGUUCGACGACACUGCUGCGCACUUCCCGGAGCUACCGCCCAGCGGAGCGGAUAAAGGCGCCCAGGCCCACCCCGAGCCGCAGCUGGCCGCCUGGGAGCUCCUCGGGGAGAGGCGCCGCUGGGAGCCCGCUCUGGACGCCGCCGCGGAGCGCCUGGGCCCGAUGGGGGCGGUGGUGCCCGGUCACGGGGCGGCCACGCCGCCAUCCCAGCGGGGGCUCCCCGACACGAGCAGAGACGUCCAACGCAAGCAGAGAGGACCCUGCGGUAUACUUGUCCUGGUACGGUGCCGGGACUGCGCGGCGCCGGUACGGCUCUGGGAGCAAGGCGCGCUGAGCCCCGGCCGGGUGCUGGCGGCCGACUCGCCCGAGGCGCUGCGGCUGCUGCAGGGCGGGCAGCCCGCCGCAGCGCCGGCGGCCUGCCGGGAGGUGCCCGUGCAGGUGGAGGCCGCGGUGCCCGUGGCGGUGGAGGCCUCGGUGCCCGUGCCCGUGGAGGCCGCGGUGCCCGUGCCCGUGGAGGCCGCGGCCUCCAGCACGGCCGCCGCCGUCGAGGCCGGGCCGAUCAUACCCCCGGACGCCGCUGCGCGCGGGGGAGCGCCGCAGGUGUCCCUCUGCGGGUUCAUGCGGAUGGGGGGCGAGCAGGCCAACUCCUCGCUCACGCUGCCCAUGGUGAUGACGGAGGGGGCCGGCGUUGUCGCGCCCGACGCCAGCCACGACGGGCUGCGGGUGACCAACCCGGCCGAGGAGCUGAGCUCGACCACGACGCUGCCGUACGUUGUGGUCACCAAGGGCGCGUCCUGGUCGGGGGACGCCAGCGUGGCGACCGUCGAGACGCUGCCCCCGGGCACCGUGGACGCGUGUGCCCCGGCGGCCAUGCCCAUAGUGGCCAUGCCGGUGACGAAGGAGCCUGCCCAGCCUCUCCUCUCGAACUGCUUCAGGCACACCUGCGGUGCUCGCAGGCAUAUCGCGGUGCUCGCAGGCUCGCUGUUUGCGCUCGCGGACAUACCGCGAGGCACGUCGCUGUGUUCGAAGUGGCGCGAGGUGUUUGGCUACAUGUCGUACCGCUUGCAGGCCAUAUUGUGCGGCUGGCACAGGCCGCGCCGGCCUCCGGUGGUGCUGGCGCUCUGGCUCCUGGCGGGCACCACGAGAUCCCUGCCCGGGGAUGGCCUGGCGGAGCGGCCGCCGAUGGGCUACAACUCGUGGAACGACGUCGAGUGCAACCCGAGCGAAGGCCGUCUGAGGGCCAGCGCCGCCAAGCUCAAGUCGUCGGGGCUCGCGGCCCUCGGCUACGAGUACGUGGUCGUCGACGACUGCUGGAUGGAGAGCAGGAGGCCCGCCGACGGCAGCCUGGUGCCCGACCGCAGCGCCUUCCCGGGCGGCAUGGACGGGCUGGGCCGCUACCUGCAUGGCAUGGGCCUCAAGUUCGGCAUCUACACCGACCGAGGCGAGACCACCUGCGCGGGGAGGCCGUCGAGCCGAGGCCACGAGGCGCUGCACGCGGAGCAGUUCGCCUCGUGGGGUGUUGACUUCGUGAAGAACGACGGCUGCAACGACCCCGAGUGCGGGGACGCCAUGCAAGGCUUCCCGCAGUCGGGGUCGUGCCCGAGGUCCGGCCGGCUUGAGGUGGUGAAGAAGUAUUUGGCGAUGGCCAAGGCGCUGAACCGCAGCGGGCGCCCCGUCAUCCAGUCCAUCUGCGGUUGGCAGCCCUGGUUCGCGCCCGUGGGCCGGCACAUCGGGCACAUGUGGCGCAUAUCCGCGGACGUGCGGCGGUGGGCCGACGUGUUCGAGGCCACGCAGAUCAUGGCGCGGCUGCGGGAGUACCACGGCCCGCACGGGUGGAACGAUCCCGACAUGCUGAUCGGCAGCAGCCAGGGCGCCAGGCUGGUGCUGACCCCACAGCAGUCCCGGGCCCAGUUCUCGCUGUGGGCCGUCAUGUCCGCGCCGCUCAUGCUCGGCGCCAACAUGCAGGAGCUUAGCCAGUUCGAUCUGGAGACGUACAGCAACGCAGAUGCGAUCCGCGUCAACCAGGAUCUGUCCGACCAGCCCGCUGGCAGGGUAGUGCUGAACAAUUGCCCGCCGUACCCGGAGUUCCACUUGGGGCUCGGGCCCGACCUGGCCCCGGAGUUCGACGUGUCCAGCGCCGGGGGGCCCAUCCAGCUGGACCCACCGAAGGCAGCCGCGGAUCCAGACACGCCGUCUGGAUGGGGCAGGUCCGUCGAUUCGGCCAGCGGCAAGACGUACUACUACGAUCUGACCAGCGGCAAGACCCAGUGGGAGCCGCCGCUGGAGGCGAGGCGGUACGCCAACAAGGUGAGCUGCGGCGGCCACUACGAGCCCACCUGCGAGACGUGCCCCAGGGGCCACGGCGCAGCGUACUGCCACGGGGACUGCGGCUGGAACCACACCCUGAACAAGUGCGUCGACGGUUCACUCUACAGGCCCCCGUUGCCAGACCGGCCGGGGCCCUGGAGCCUCGGCGACGCCAAGGCGCCGCACAACCACCAGUGCCAGAUCGUGUGGGCCAAGACCCUCAGCACGCAGAGCGUCGCCCUCGUGGCCGUGAACUUCGCGCAGGUCCCGGAGCGCGUCACCCUCUCGCUGGCGGACCUGGGCUUCCCCGCCGCCGCGCACAGGCGGGAUCUCUGGACUAAGGACACGGUGCUCGUCAACUGGAGCAUCGACGUUGAGCUGGCCGCGGACGGGGGGAGCGUGCUGUGGGAGCUUUGGGCCCCCGGGGCGCCGGCGCCUGCGCCGAUGGCCAGGACGGCGGCGCCGUCUGUGGCGGUGGUGCCGCGGGGCGAGCACCGGACCCACGUGGACCUCCAGCCGGACCUCUCCUUGGUGUCUUUCACGGGGUUCGCGGUGCUGGUGCUGCUCGCCAUGCUCCUCUGCAGGCGCCACUGCUCCAGCGGUUAUGGUCGGCAGGGCGCCGGCAGCCCCCGGUCGCCGCCCACCUCGCCGGCGGCGGCGACGAUCGGCUCCCACGGCAUGAUCGACCAGCCCUCGCUGCGGCCGCCCUCGCCGCGGCAGCGGCGGCUG